CCGCCAGCCACAGGCUCGCGGUCACCCACAGAACGCGACCGUGACCAGGGCCCGGCCUUAGUCAAUAUCAUCCCACCUAUGGCUGCAGUCUCCACUCCGCCGCCGGCCUCCAUGGUCGACUUCCCCUCGUCCUCCGAGUCCCACCUCUCCUCCAGCCUGAGCAAUUCCGACGUUCAUCAUUCGCGGCUUCCGCACCUCCCUUUCCGGCGCAUCUCGCUGCCUUCUGCACCAAAUUUGCUGCAUCGACAGUCGAUUGUGAGCACCGCGUCCUUCGACUCGCUGCCUGAGGAGGGAGUCAAGCCCGUGGCGCCCGUGCCCGCCUUCACCCCGGCGGUCAUUCGAAACGCCACCAAACCACCCAGACACAGGCCGUCGUCGCUGGAUAUUGCGCGGAAGGCCCCGCGGAGGAGCCAGAUGCGUCCGGUUAAUGAGCGGAGGGAGGCGAAGCGGAAGAAGGUCAUCAAUGAACUUCAUGAAACGGAGAAGUCAUAUGUUGAUGGAUUGGAACUAAUUUAUUCUCAUUUCUUGACCCCUAUCAUUGCAUCUCUGGACACGCCCGAGCAACUGCUUGAUCGCUCUGAGCUCACAUCCAUCUUCUCAAAUUUCAUCGACAUCUGGAAUCUACAUCGCUCGUUCUACACUACACUCACCACCUUUCUUGAGACAUCCGCAUCUGCACAUCCAGACGAGCCUCCACCCCUCUCACCAGUGCUGCUCGCGCAUUUCCCCUACCUAUCACUAUACACGCCAUUUGUCACCUCUUUCUCUGACGCUUUGACUGCUUACUCGUACCUGCUCUCUACGCACCACACCUUUGCAGAGUUCAUAUCGCGCCAGGAAGCAGACCCGCGCUGCGGCAAGCUCAAAUUCCGAGACUGGCUCCUGACCAUCGUCCAGAGGUGUCCACGGUAUCUUCUCCUCUUGAAGGAUCUAAUUAGCUGCACCGAUCCAGACGACCCAGAGUACGCACAGCUCACCGCCGUACACACGCUCGUUGCCAAAAUCACCUCUUCCCUCGACACCUCGCUCCACACGCACGCGCAGAUCCUCUCCCUCCUCGCGCUCCAGCGCAACACCGCCCACCUCCCCUUCCCGCUCAUCUCGCCCGGGCGAACGUUCCUCAAGCGCGCGCCACUGCUGCAGCUCGAGGGCUCCACGCCAAAGGAGCGCGAGUUCCUGCUCUUCUCCGACUGCAUCAUGUGGCUCGCGAGCGCGGACGGCGAUGGACUCCUGGACAAGCUCGAGGCGGUCAGCGGGCACCCGCCGCUCAUGCGCACGCGCAGCAAGAGCGACGCGGAUAUGCCCCUAGCGGCGGAGGCACUGAAGCACAAGGAGUCGAUGCUGGGGUUUAGGAUUCAUUAUCAUCAUCACCAUCCGAGGCGGAAGGUGAGGCGUGCGAGCAGCGCGGCGGACGAGAGGUGGGUGUAUAAGGGCCAUGUGGACCUCGUCGACGUCGAUGUGGUUGUGACUACGCCCCGCGAGCCUGGAGAGGAGAGGCGGUUUGAGAUUCUCAGCCCGCAGCAGUCGUUUGCUGUCUAUGCAGGAAGUGAAGAGGAGCGCGACGAGUGGAGCACUGCCAUUCGAAAUGCAAAAUCCUCUCUGCUCGUUUCGCUGAAUGUGAUGCAGCCCAACUCGACCUUGACGUCCUCCUCUUCGACGAAUCAUCUCCGGCGCACGCUCCAAGCGCUGCCGUAUUCUCCUGACGAGGAUGCACGUCGGCCCAAGCGAGGCAGAGUGGACCACUUUGUUCCGGCGAUUUGGAUUCCGGACGGAAAGUCGCAGAGCUGUAUGCGCUGUGGACGGACGUUUGGCUGGCGCAGGAGGCGGCAUCACUGUAGGCUGUGUGGUCGAUGCGUUUGUGGCAGCUGUUCAAGCAAGGAGUUUUUCAUAAUAGACGAGACGACCAAAGAUACUAGGGAGCAACAUAAGCCAGCGCGCGCAUGCGACGCAUGCUACGAGUCUGUCUUCCCAUUGCUCGAGCCUGCGCGAGAGGCUUCAACAGCAUCGGGCACCACCCAUUCCCACCUCACGCUCUCCGGCCUCAAGUCGAUGCCUUCUCUCGUCUUCGACCGGACCCCUUCCGCGCUGAUGGCCAUCGACGUCGACAGCCCGAGGAGCGCCAAACGUGUGCUGGCUCGGAUUGACGAUGAGCAUGGCAUGGCGGACAGCGCCGACGCAGGUCCGUCUGUGUCCGCAAUCAGAGUGAAGCCGUCAGCGCGGCCGAGGAGCUAUAUCCACAUCCUAGAGGACUUUCACGAGUUCGGAGAAACGUCGGCGCCGCCCUCGGCCAGCACGAGCUUCUCGCGAUACAGCUCGAUGAUAGGGGGGCGGGACGGGCACUGCGAGGAAGAAGAAGUGGCAGCAGUGGAGAGUGCGUUUACGGAGAUGGAAUCGCCCAGCCGGACGACGACAGGGACGGGGACGACGACCGAGUCGAGCUUUCCGCCGACGCCGAAGCGCGAGAACACGGUGCGGAGGCAUAAGCGGUUCUCGCUGCCCGCAAUCGCGCUGCAGACCAACCCUGUACAUGCGCGCUCGAACCUCGUCGGGGAGGGCAGCGCGCGGCGGAUCUCGCUCGUAUUGGGUAAGGGCGAGCCGUUGGGGCAUGCGCGUGCAGAUGGCGAUGGGGAUGUUGGUGCAGAUGGCGAUGGCGAUGGCAGUGGUGAUGGUGGUGGAGAGGAGCGCGGGCGGCGCGCGUCAGGGCAUGGGAUCGCGGCCGGGAUGCUGACAGAGCUGUUGGGGAGGGUGAGGGGCUCGUCGUGAGCGGCGCGGAGCCUGGAGGGUGACAACUGUUUGGAGUUCUUGAUGUUGUGCAUUCGUGCAUUGCAUUUCCAGGACUGUGCUUCUUGUAUCGUCAGCAUGCAUUCAUCGUGUACUAAAAGUAUUCUUGUGAAUAUUGUAGUAAACACCAUUAGAAUGUGGACUGAAAUGAGUUAUAAGCUCUGCUAGAUAUGUUGUUACGCACAUUUUGUGUUCCACCGAGACGUUGUACCGUCG